GGCGCCCGGACGCCUGGGCCCCGCUUGGGCGGCCAUGGAGGGCGAGACGAGUAGACACCCCCCCCACCCCGCUGUCCGUCCGUCCCGCCAUCCCGAUCCCUCUGUCCGUCCGUCCCUCCCUCCCUCCCUCCUGGUCCGUCCGUCCGUCCCGCUCCCCAUCCAGGUUCUCGCCGUCUCCCUCUCUGUGGCGCCUCCAACCUGCCCCGCCCGCAGCGUGGAGGGCGAGGGCCCGGGCAGCGAGGGCGGGGGGCCGCUGCCCGAGAGCCCCGGGAGCCAGCCGCCGUACCGCUGCGCGCCCGAGCCGGCGCCCGAGCCGCCGGCGCCCGCGGGGGCCCCCGGCGCCGCCGCCGCCGCGCCGCCCUGGGGCCGGGCCGCCCGCCUGCCGCCGCAGCCCGCCAGCGUGGCCCUGCGCAUGCAGGAGGAGGAGGAGAGCAAGCGGGCCAAGGCGCUCAGCGACAGCUACGAGCUCUCCACCGACCUGCAGGACAAGAAGGUGGAGAUGCUGGAGCGCAAGUACGGCGGGUACUUCCGGACGCGGCGGGCGGCGCGCACCAUCCAGGCCGCCUUCCGCCGCUACCGCAUGGCCAAGAAGUUCGAGCGGCUGCGCAGCUCGGCGGCCGAGAGCCGGCGCUCGCGGCGCCUGGCGCUGGCCGGCAUGCGCCUCCAGUUCUCCUUCGAGGAGUACGACCGCGGCCCCCCGGCCCCGGGGCCCGGGCCGCCCCCGCCGCCCGCCCCCUACUUCGAGGGCAAGCCGGCCUCGCUGGAUGAGGGGGCGCUGGGGGGGCCGCGCGGGCCCCGCCGCCCCCCCCGCUACGGGGGCUCGUGCCGCGCCGGGCUGGACGGCGCCGCCGCCGCCGUCUCGGCCUCCGCCGACUUCGGCCCCGGCGCCGCCGACCUGGAGGAGGCCUUCGCCCAGCAGGUGCAGUCGCUGGCGGCCUCCAUCGACGAGGCGCUGGGGUGCCGGGGGGCGGCGCCGGGGGCCCCGGGCGCCCCCGAGGGGGGUCCGGGCCCGGGGCCGGCGGGCGACAGCGCCGCCACCUCCUUCAGCGACGUCACCCUCUACCUGGACGAGGGGCUGCCCGGCUCGCCCCUGUCGCUGGAGCGGCCCCCCAGCGCCGAGGGGGGCCCGCCCGCCCCCCCCUGGGGCGGCCCCGAGGAGGGCCCCGGCGGGGGGGCGCCGGCCCCGCCGCGCCGCGGGCCGCCCCCCCCCUGCCUGGAGUGCCGGGGCCGGGCCGGGGGGGGGCACCUGCCCCUGCUCACCGUGGAGCCCCCCAGCGACAGCUCCGUGGACCUCAGCGACCGCUCCGACCGCGGCUCGCUCAGCCGCGGGGGCCCCUUCGAGCCCGAGGCGGGGGGCACGCUGCCCCGGGGCGGCCCCCCGGCCCCCGGCGGCGCCCCGGCCCGCGGGCCCCCCCCGCACCGCUGCUUCCACGCCGAGCCGCCGCCGCCGCCGCCCCCGCCGCCGCCAGCCGCCACCGGGCCCCCCGCCGGGCGCCUGCCCCCCGAGGAGGGCUCCGAGGGCGACAACGACAGCCUGCGCAGCAGCUCCAACUCCAACGAGACCCUCAACUGCUCCUCGGGGUCCUCGUCGCGCGACAGCCUGCGCGACCCGCCCCCGCCGCCCCCGCCGCCCCCGCCGGCCGCCCCGCCGCAGCCCCCCGGCCCCCUGCCCCCCGGCAAGCAGACCUACCAGCGCGAGCCGCGCCAGAGCUGGGACUCGCCGGCCCUCAACAACGACGUGGUGCAGCGCCGGCAGUACCGCAUCGGCCUCAACCUCUUCAACAAGAAGCCGGAGAAGGGGAUCCAGUACCUGAUCGAGCGGGGCUUCCUCUCCGACACCCCCGUGGGGGUCGCCCACUUCAUCCUGGAGCGCAAGGGGCUGAGCCGGCAGAUGAUCGGCGAGUUCCUCGGCAACCGGCAGAAGCAGUUCAACCGCGACGUUCUCGACUGCGUGGUGGACGAGAUGGACUUCUCCGGCAUGGAGCUGGACGAGGCGCUCCGCAAGUUCCAGUCCCACAUCCGGGUGCAGGGCGAGGCCCAGAAGGUCGAGCGCUUGAUCGAGGCCUUCAGCCAGCGCUACUGCGUGUGUAACGCGGCCCUGCUGCGCCAGUUCCGGAACCCAGACACCAUCUUCAUCCUGGCCUUCGCCAUCAUCCUCCUCAACACGGACAUGUACAGCCCCAGCGUCAAGGCUGAGCGCAAGAUGAAGCUGGAGGACUUCAUCAAGAACCUCCGAGGGGUGGACAACGGCGAGGACAUCCCCCGGGACAUGCUGGUGGGCAUCUACCAGCGCAUCCAGAGCCGGGAGCUGCGCACCAACGAUGACCACGUCUCUCAGGUCCAGGCUGUCGAGCGCAUGAUCGUUGGCAAGAAGCCGGUGCUGUCCCUGCCCCACCGGCGCCUGGUGUGCUGCUGCCAGCUCUACGAGGUGCCCGACCCCAACCGGCCCCAGCGCCUGGGGCUGCACCAGCGCGAGGUCUUCCUCUUCAACGACCUGCUGGUGGUGACGAAGAUCUUCCAGAAGAAGAAGAUCCUGGUGACCUACAGCUUCCGCCAGAGCUUCCCCCUCGUCGAGAUGCACAUGCAGCUCUUCCAGAACGCCUAUUACCAGUUCGGGAUCAAGCUGCUGUCGGCGGCGCCGGGGGGGGAGCGGAAGGUGCUGAUCGUCUUCAACGCGCCGAGCCCCCAGGACCGGCUGCGCUUCGCCAGCGACCUGCGCGAGUCCGUGGCCGAGGUGCAGGAGAUGGAGAAGUACCGCGUGGAGGCGGAGCUGGAGAAGCAGAAGGGGGUGGCGGGGGCGCGGGGCGCGGGCCCCCCCCGCGACGCCCUCAACGGGCUGAGCCGCAGCAGCCUGGACGAGGCCUUCGCCCCCCCCGAGGGGCUCAAGCGCAGCGCCCUGAGCAGCUCCCUGCGCGACCUCUCCGACGGCGGCAAGCGGGGCCGGCGCAACAGCGUGGGGUCCCUGGACAGCACCAUCGAGGGCUCCAUCAUCAGCAGCCCCCGGCCGCAGCCGCGGGGGGGGCCGGCGGCCCCGCCGGGGGGGGCCGAGGGCUACAAGGCGCCGGCCCGGCCCGUCUCCAACUCCUCGUCCUUCCUGGGCUCCCUCUUCGGCAGCCGCCGCGGCCGGGCCCCCCCCGGGCCCCCCCCCGGCGCCGCCGCCGCCGCCUGCGCCUCGGCCUCGGCCUCCUCCUCCUCGGCCUCCUCCUCCCACCACCACCACCACCACCACCCGCCCGCGCCCCCCCCGGCCCCCGACGGCCCCUCCAAGCUCCAGGCGCUGCACGCCCAGUACUGCCACGGCGGCCCCGGGGGGGGCCCCGGCCCCGGCCCCGGCCCCCACUCGCCCAUCCCCCCGCACCCCUCCUACCCGCCCCUGCCCCCCCCCUCGCCCCACACCCCCCUCAGCCCCCACUCGCCCGCCGGCCCCACCUCGCCCCUGGCGCCGCCCCCCCCGGGCCCCUCCAAGCCCAAGGGGGGCAACCGCAUCAGCACCGUGGUGUGA